ACGCAAGAUUCCAGGAGCCCGUCUCUUUGUCUCUGCCUCCACCCACACAAUCCCUUCUCGGCGAUUCUUUCCUCCACAUCUCCCCAGAUGGCCGCCGCCGGCGCCGCGCGGGCGAUCUUUUGCGAGCUCGGGCGGGGGGGCCCGAGGAAGGAAUCGCCGGCGAUCCCGAGGCUCCGAGCAGCGGACCCUUCGCCGGAGGGCGGGAAGAUCGUGCUCCAGCCCCGCCUCUGCACGCUGAGAUCGUACGGCUCCGGAGCUCGCGAUGGCGUGAUCAGGACUCUCAAAGACGCCGAAUCCUCCCCCUUCUUCGCCUCCCUCGCCGACUACAUCGAGAGCUCGCGGAAGAGCCACGACUUCGAGAUCGUUUCCGGUCGCCUCGCCAUGGUUGCGUUUGCCACAGCAGUGUCCAUAGAGGUGGUGACGGGCAACUCCCUCUUCAAGAAGCUGGACUUCCAACAGAUAGCCGAAGCAGCAGGGGUGUGCGUGGCUGUUGUCGCCUCUGCCGCCACCUUUGCAUGGUUCUCAAGCGCUCGGAGCCGGAUUGGCGGGAUGUUCACUAUAGGAUGCAACGUCUUCGUCGAUUCCCUCAUCGACAACCUAGUUGAAGCCUUGUUCUACGAGAGCGAGCUCAGUGACUGGUCUGACGAGAUGUAACUCGUUCUCAAGGGUACUGAUAUAAACAAAAUUAUAUAAAGUAGCUAACGAGUGCUUGAAGGGAUCCAUUCAUCGUUGGUGUAUGCUUGUGUAACAAAAAGGCAGUAGAAAAGAGCCUUUUGGGGUGGUGGUGGAAAGCAUAGUUACUCCAUUAAGUAGAUAUAUCUACAGGUACUUGAUUCCAGAUGUACUUCGGAGCAAUAGGAUCGUUAUUUGCAGUCAUAGUAUGCUGGGGUUGGAAAAGCCCUUCCUGUGUAUUGGGAAACUGCUGUGGGGGCAGAUCUGGAGCUUGCAAGCGAACAGAUACAAGCAUAUAAACAAGAGGAAUUAUUGGGUUUGAACAUGUUAGCAGUCUGUGGAGAGAUUUUCCAGCAUUUCCUGUCAAAAGAUUAUAGUAUCAUACUAUGUAAAAUGUUUCCAGAGAGACCUAUACAAUAAAUUUCCUUUUGCCA